AGUAGGGCCCACUCGAGGUGGUACCGCCACCCAACCAUACACGAAGGAGGAGGAGAAGAAGAUGGCCGCCAUCCUGCAGGAGAGGAAGGAGGCCAAGAAGAAGGCCUUGAAAGAGGAAUAGGCGGCCAAACUAAAGAAGAUGGAAGAAGAGAUGGCCAGGGAGAAAGAGAAGUUGAAAAAGGAAGAAGAAGAGAAGUUGAAGGAGGUGGAUGAAGAAGAGGAAGGACCGCCACUGCAAAAGAGUGGGCAGCACAGCGGCAGCAGCAGUGAUGAGAUGGAGAAGAAGAUUUCGGAGUGGGUCGCCAACUUAUCCCUGGGUGCGGAGGAAGAGGUUGCUAUGUACAUCCCCAAGGAUGAGCAAGAAGCCGCCAUGAAGAAAUCGGAAGCAGAAGAAGAUAUUCUGACGCGGCGGGCGAUGGAGGAUGAACAGAGGAUGGCGUGGAAGCUCGCAGUGAUGAGGGAGAAAAAGAGAAGAGUGGAGGCGGAGAAUGCAGCAAUGCACGAACUAGCGAAGGUGAGGACUGCCGUAACAACACAAUUGAUUCCGCAAGUGGAUCUCCAACGUAAAGUGGAGAUCAUCGCCCAGAGCGUUGAGCGGUUAGCUAAAGUGCAAGAAAGGCACUUUGAGUUUAGUCGCAGCCAAGAGAUAUCUGUACGCUCGAUGCGAACGGGCUUACGGGACUUUGCUCGCGAGUUAGUAGGCGCUGUGGGGUCCGAGGUGACUCACCGCCUCGAGAAGACUGAGCGUUUUUGUGUCGGCGCCAUUGAGGGCGUCAAGGUGGCCGCUCCCAAGGAGGAGGAGGCUCGUCCUCGCAGGGAGCCGGUCAAAGUCAAAUCCCCUGAUUCCUAUAGUGGGAAAAGGGAAGAGAACUUUGACAAUUGGGAGGCCAAUGUUAAGACUUAUGUGCAUCUGCAACAGGUAUCCCCGGAUCAGCAGGUCCUAAUUGCGAUCCACGCGCUUAGAGAUGAGGCCACCAGUUUCGCGAGAUCCCUUGUUUGUGCUGCCAACUGUAGUGACGAUCCAGUUGCGUACUCCUCAUUUACGUCCCUCAUUGAAUUCUUGAAGCUGCUGCGCGAGCGAUUCACUGAUGUUGCCCGUAGUGUCAAAGCCUCAGAUAGGCUUCAGACAAUACACUCGCGCCAAUCGAAGAGUGCAAGGGCACUCAAGGGCACAAUGGAUGAGUUAGUGGUUGUUCCUGACCACAAGGUCACAGAGACCCAGUUGGUCAACCUCUUCUACCGGGCCAUGCCCGAAGCGCUGCGUGGUCACUUCUUUGACAAGAGUCAGGACCCUGCUAUGACUUAUGAUGUACUUAGCAGGGAAGUGGUCGCGUUCGAGGCGAAGUCUGCGUCUAUUUCCACUUUCUGGCACAAAGAUUUAGACAAAGGCAAAAAGUGGAAGGGCCGCACUAUCUCAGGGCAGGUCAAGACUAAGGAUAGCCUUGUGCUCACUCUAGAUGAAGGUAGUGUGGAUGAAAUCCCCUACGAUCAGAUUGAGUGGGGGUUAGAGGAGGAGGACAGCGGUGCGGGCCAAAGGAGAUCCUACGCUGUUGUCGCAGCUGGAGGGAGGCCGCAAGGAGGAAGAGCCAAGGCAACGCUCCAUUUGAAGGAGCACGAGUGUAGGCUCCCUAGUUCGUCAGGCGAGGCUAAGAUUGCCCGCCUGUUCCAUGUGUCAGGGGUAGAGAAUUCCUUGGCGCAUUGCUGCCUUGGUGCCCCCGCGUUCGCCAGACUGGUGAAGAAGGAGGGAUUGGAGGAACAGGUCUUUGUUGCCUAUGUUAGGCCAGUCACUGAGCCUAUGGAGGAGAAACCGAUGGACCCUGCGAUUGCCAAACUGCUGGAAGAGUUCAAGGAUCUAACCGAGCCGCCGAUAGGAGUAGUACCGCGGUCCAUCCAGCACCACAUUGAGAUAGAGCCUGGCAGUAGAACUCCUAAGGGCGCCGUGUACAGGAUGUCCCCACGGGAGUUAGAGGAACUUCGCAAGCAGUUAGACGAGCUCCUCGAGAAGGGUUGGAUUAGGCCCAGUUCGUCUCCUUUUGGAGCACCUGUCCUCUUUGUUCCUAAGAAAGAGGGAGACCUGAGAAUGUGCAUAGACUAUAGGGGUCUGAAUGCGAUUACAGUGAAGAAUGUUGAGCCACUGCCAAGGAUAGACGAUCUUUUAGAUCGACGGUGUAUGAAUGAUUUGUUUAGGCCGUGGUUAGACAUAUUCGUUGUAGUUUAUCUAGAUGACAUCCUAGUGUUUAGCCGGACCCUCGAAGAGCAUCGGGGUCAUCUCAGGCAAGUCUUGGAGAAGCUGAGAGAAGCUAACUUCAAGAUCAAUGCAAAGAAGUGCGAUUGGGCGAAGACCCAAGUUUUGUAUCUAGGCCACGUCUUAGACGGAGACGACGUUAAGCCAGAAGAUAGCAAGAUCACAGCGAUUAGAGAUUGGCCCACGCCACGUACGCUGACAGAGUUGCGCUCGUUCCUGGGCUUAGCGAAUUACUACAGGAAGUUCGUAAGGAACUUUUCCACCAUCGCUGCGCCCCUUCGCAGAUUGCUGAGAAAAAAGACAAUCUGGAAGUGGCACAAGGACUGCACGUCCGCCAUGAAGAAGCUAAAGCAGGCGUUGAUAGAGUAUCCGGUCCUUAAGGUCGUCGAUCCGUCCUUGCCUUUUGUUGUUACUACGGAUGCUAGCCAGUACGGCAUAGGCGCAGUGKUACAGCAAGAYGAUGGCAAUGGCUAUAGACCCGUAGAGUUCAUGUCCGCUAGGAUGCCUUCAGAGAAGGUUGCGACAUCUACCUAUGAGAGGGAACUCUACGCUCUCAGGCAAGCAUUAGACCACAGGAAGCACUACUUGCUUGGGAGGCACUUCAAAGUCUAUUCGGACCAUGAAAUGUUACGGUGGUUAAGGACGCAGGCCAAGAUGACACCUAAGCUUACUAGGUGGGCCACAAAAAUAGAUCAGUACGACUUUGAGCUCAAGCUUGUCAAAGGGAAGUAUAACGUAGUCGCGGAUGCUCUAAGUAGAAGGGCUGAUUACUUUGGAGCGAUAGUGCAUUAUCUUGAUAUAGGGAAGGACCUGCAGCAGAGGGUUAGAGAAGCGUACGCGUAGGACCCUAUCUAUAGUGACCUCCUUAAGAAAGUCAAAGAGGCCCCAGAGACUGAGCCGAACUACCGCACUACCGAAGGGUUAUUAUUUGAGAAGACUAAUGUCUUUGACCGCCUGUGCAUCCCCAAUAGCGAAGAGAUUCGUAGUCUGAUCUUGGGCGAAUGCCACGACACAGAGGGUCAYUUUGGUUGGCAAAAGACUUUAGCCAAUUUAAUGCGCGCGUAUACCUGGCCAGGGAUGAAGAAUGACUGCGUAGAGUAUGUUCGCAGUUGUAAGGUUUGCCAGCGUAACAAAAGUUCUACGCGCGC